GGAGCAACCAACCAGUCUGAGCCCUCCUGGACUCCGCCCAGUGCGGGGUCUGGAUCCUUGGGAGAUGCAGCUUCCUUGGUUGCAGUUGUCCAAAGCAGUCGCCGACUUGCCCACUUCUCUGCCUUAGUCCCGGAGUGUCAGGAGGCACUGGAGUCCAGCUAUGCAACCCGGAGCAGCGCUGCAGGCCAUGUUGCUGGCGGUGCUGCUGGCCAAACCGAGGGAUUCGAAGGGUCACCUGCUGAGCGGGCAGCGGUUCUGCUGGGAAGGGACACGGAGGCCUUGCUACAGAGUCAUUUAUUUCCAUGACACCUCUCAAAGACGGAACUUUGAGGAAGCGAAAGAAGCCUGCAUGAAGGAUGGAGGACAGCUAGCCAGCAUAGAAACGGCAGAUGAGCAGAGGCUGAUAGAGAACUUCAUUGAAAGCCUCCAGGCAUCUGAUGGUGAUUUCUGGAUUGGCCUCAAGAGGUUGGAGGAGAAACAGCACAACAGCACAGCCUGCCAGGACCUUUACGCUUGGACAGAUGGAAGCCUGUCACAGUUCAGGAACUGGUAUAUGGAUGAGCCUUCCUGUGAGAGCGAGGUCUGCGUGGUCAUGUACCAUCAGCCAUCAGCACCUCCGGGCAUCGGGGGCCCAUAUAUGUUCCAGUGGAAUGACGACCGGUGCAACACGAAGAAGAAUUUCAUUUGCAAAUAUUCUGACGAUAAACCAAGUACAACACCCUCUCUUAGUCCUGGAGGUGAAGCAACUGAGCCAGCAGCACCCAUACUUCCAGAAGAAACUCUGGAAAUAGACACCAAAGAACGCAGAGAGGCUGCUUUGAAUCUUGCCUACAUCCUAAUUCCCAGUAUUCCCCUUUUCCUCCUACUUGUGGUCACUUCAGCUGUGUGUUGGGUUUGGAUCUGUAGAAGAAAACGGGAACAGACAGACCCUCCCACAAAGGAGCAGCACACCAUUUGGCCCACUCCUCACCAAGAGAACAGCCCUGACCUAGAAGUUUACAAUGUCAUCAGAAAACAAAGUGAAGCUGAUUUAGCCGAGCCCCGGCCAGAUCUGAAGAACAUCUCCUUCCGGGUGUGUUCUGGGGAAGCCAUGCCCGAUGACACGUCUUGUGACUAUGACAACAUGGUUAUAAACCCUUCUGAAAGUGGGUUAGUGACUUUGGCAAGUAUGGAGGGUAGAUUUGUGACCAAUGACAUCUAUGAAUUCUCCCCCGACAGAAUGGGGAGGAGCAAGGAGAGUGGAUGGGUAGAAAAUGAAAUAUAUUACUAAGACAUAUGAAAAAACCAGCAAGAAUGUAAAAAGAGAAGGAAAAGCCUCCAAUGUCUUACAAAGACGAUAUUCAGAAGGCUUAUGAGAAGGUUCAGCUCAGGUCUUAGGGGCAAGCACAGCAUCACAAGUUCCUUCUGGGUCCCCAAGUUCUGGCUGCACUCCCUAUCCAGGAACCUCGUCCAGCUCAGCCUGGUCCAAGGCACCUCACCCAAGGGGCUGCUGCACAGCAGACCCUCAGAGAAAGCCAGUGGCUUCCAACUGACGCUCAAGAGCUGGUGCUUUCCCUGGUCAGGAUUAAGGUGUGACCAGGGAGCUUGGAAAGCCUACCUCUAGGCUCUGUUUUCCUUGCUCUGUACAUCUGUGCAGGCAAUCACAAAGACACAAAUGGUGGGAUCCUCUCAAAGCCUCUGUAUGGAAGCCCCAGGCUGGCCUGCACAUCAACAAUUCCCAACCUGCAUCCCACCCCCACCCCUGAAAAAAAAAGUCAAUAAAAAGCAGGAAGCAGAAUGUUAGUCAGUCUGUGUCUACAGCCCUUCCUCUGCAUGUGGCCUCAGGGGAGUUUUUUUUUUUUUUUUCAUUCUCCCAACAUCUAAACUUGGAAAAGUCCAACUUGGAAAUACUUUCGAAAGUAAAAAUGAGCUCUGUUUGCUUCAGAGCUUCUUCUUCUCUGGGCUCAGACAGUAUGUGCUGUUCUGGGGAUGGGUGGCAGCAGCAUAGGAAACUGACUGUAUACAGGACUGGUGAAAAGAGUCGACCUAGUAAGGAAAAGGAGAGGCAGGCUUCUCACUAUCAGAGAAGGCAGCCACGGUCACCAGAAGGGAGGAAACUGGAACAGGUCCUGUUGUGUGCAAGGGGAAUCGAAACAGUGCUGCCGUCAUUGUGGAAUUUUAUGUACUGAGUAUACAUAUAUAUGUAUGUUUAUAUGUGUAUGUAUAUGUGUGUUUUCCAUUAAAUAAGCCAGUACUCCAUGAAACUGGAUGACUCAAGGACAGAAGCAGAAGAAAUAUGAGUUACUUAAGUAAUGAAAAGGAAAUAAUGGGUAUCUAAACAUAGAUAGAAUUAACAGGUUUAUUGUUCUACAGGAACAAUGAGGACCCGGAUAUCACAAUGACCUAUAACGUAUUUAUGAAUAACUAUGAGAAAGGAGCUCAAGGGCAGCAAACACAAAGUCAUGAUAAAAAUAUAUUUAUUGCCUUGGUUGACUAGUACACAUUGUAUAUUUGUACUGUUAAGUAAUACCAUUGUUAAAACUUAAAGAGAUUGGGAAUGAGAAUGUUCAUUUGGGAAAUUUUACACCACCACCAAGCAAGACUGAUUAAGAAUCAGCAGAUAGGGUUGGGGAUUUAGCUCAGUGGUAGAGUGCUUGCCUAGCAGGCGCAAGGCCCUGGGUUUGGUCCCCAGCUCCGGAAAAAAAAAAAAAAGAGAGAGAGAGAGAGAAAAAAAAAAGAAUCAGCAGAUCACAGACACCAACUCGUAAUGAUCCACCUUUGGUAAUGAGGAUUAAUUUGAAUAUUAAAUCAUUGAAAGUAAAACCAACAAAGAGAAUGUGACUCAAUGGGUAAAGUGGGAAAACAUGGGCAUAUGCUGAUACAAAAUAAAAGAAUAAAUUAAAACUUUGAUGUAGAUGGUAUAUUUACAUGAUUUCAGGUAAAGAUCAUUGAUUGCAAAAGUGACCCAACAGGCAAAGCCACCUCAGUCACCUGAUGAAUGUGAAUUCUGUGGACGACGAAGUGUACUGAGAUUGUAGACCUCACACUGUGGUGUGGUGAGAGGGACAUGGCAUCACAUCCACGCUGUCUCACAGUGUACAAGCUGAUCAUAAGGAGGCCUUGCAUAACAACAAUUUGAUGGACAAUCUACAAACUACCUGGACGGCAAACCUGAACUCUGAUGGUAAAGACGGUGGAAGCGAGACAGGGGCAGCUGCAAUAGGAGGACAGUAAGGUGAUGGCUCCAAGCGUGACCAGAUCCUGAAAUGGAUCCCUUUUCUCCUGUAAAGGAGAAGAUGGGAACAAAUGUGGAUGACGUCUGAGGACUAAAUGUCAAAAACGUGCAGUGCUAACUUCCUAACUUUUGCGUUGCCCUGAGGACAUGGCCUCUUGGCACUGGGAAUGUCUUCCCAGAAAGCACACAGUGAAGUAAUAAAGGACAAUGGACUAUCA